AUGGCGUCCACGAGUAGCAGUGUUACGGAAAGCACACCUCUGAUUUCCCAUCCCGCUCAAGCUUCCAAUGCCCUGCUCUCCCCAGAAACCCAGAAGAAAGCUGGCAGAAAUGUGACCUUUAAUACGAAUCCAUCCAUAAUGGGCCUCGAUAGCUCUGCGAACUCGAUCCCUCGACCUUCACAGCCGCGGUCCUUCUCCUCCUCAAAUGUUUCUGCCGCCCAACCGCCUAUACUCUCAGCUCUUAACAACAAGCUACGACGUCGAAAUAGCCACGGAUCUCCACAUGUCUCUUUACCAGGCCCCCCAGUUUCGAAGAUUGGUCCUCAAAGAACCACGAAGAAUGCUCAGAAGCUGAAGCUCCUCCCUAACCCCGACUUCGGCGAAGAUGGACCAGACGAGGAAAGCGGAAGGGAUGUCUACUCGCAAUACACCCGCAUUAAAGACCCCACGGCCCGCCGCGAUGCUGCCAGACUGGGAAAGGCUGAUAGAGACCGGUUGCCUCGAGUUACUGCAUAUUGCACAGCGAACGGGUACCAGAUGGGUCCCCUGAUGCGGUACCUAAAGGGAAGGGGCAAGACCAAGAAUGCGAACCCGAAAUUAUUUGAUGAGUGUAUAUACACGCCUUAUAGCUACAGCCGGCCCACGAUAACUAAACAAGUGCUGGAAACGCAAUCAACGCCAGCCCGGAUGAGGAGACAUUCAGAUAGCGACAUUGAGGUGGAGGAUAGCAGCAAGCAAAGAUUAGAGGAUUUAAUAGAUCUUGGCCCUGGAGGAGCGGAUACAAAUUUAGGAAUCGAAGCUCCUCACCAAAUGCAUUCAGGGUUGGUUGAGCAGCAGACCGACGAUGCCAUAACCUCGGAAAGCAAUGUCGAUUUUGACAUUCAGGUUCACACUCCAGAGAUCUUCCUCUUCGAUUAUGGCGUGCUGGUGAUAUGGGGCAUGUCUUUAAAGGAUGAGCAGCGCUUCUUGAAGGAAAUUGCAAAGUUUGAGAGAGAGAAGCUGGGGCCUGAUGACGUUGAGACCGAGUGUUUUAAUUUCUACUACACGAGGGAGUAUCAGGCGCGUAUCUAUAAUGAUUUUAUUACGUUACGAGAUAAGGGGAAUUAUAUGACGAAACUUGCUAUCUCACAUGCUCUUGCACAAAGCGUUAAGACAUCCUUGUUCGAAGCCCUCGUCGACGAUACCAUAACAACCUGCAAAGAUAUCCCCACGCAAAUCGCGCUCACAGGAGCUAUCAAUUUAUCACGGACACAGAUCAAUAUGCAAAUAGGCGAACUCUUCAUUCUGCGCAUCAAUAUCCAUUUGAAUGGUUCUGUGUUGGACACUCCAGAAUUGUUUUGGGUAGAGCCGCAAUUAGAACCUGUUUAUCAGGCUGUAAGAAGUUAUUUGGAAAUGAAUCAGCGAGUCGGACUGUUGACGGAAAGAUUGGAUGUCAUUGCUGAUUUACUAGCCGUGUUGAAGGAUCAAUUGAGUCAUGGUCAUGGGGAAAAGCUCGAGUGGAUUGUAAUUGUCCUCAUUGCCGCAGAGAUCUUUGUGGCAGGCAUAAAUAUUGUCGUGGAUUUAUAUGCUGGUAUUUGA